AUGGAGGACGGUCAUGCUGUUGAGUGCUCUGUAAACGAUGACCUUCUAGCUUCUUCUUCAAAGCUUCCCACAUCACAAAUUCCCCUCUCAAUUGAGAAGGGACGUAGUGGGAUUAAAAUUAAAUGGCUCAGCGAUCUGCCUGAACUAAAAUUGUUCUUAGAAUGCCAACUUAAGUUAUCAGGCGAGUGUUCGUUUACAAAGAAUAACGGCGGCUUUCAUGUGUUGAAAUGUGAUACGGUCACGAUUUCAUUCUACCAGACUACGAAGACAGUAAACGUACAAGGUGCAAUGAAGGAUGUAGUGAAGAAAAAUAUUCUAAGCUAUGCUACUUUAUCUGAAGAUUCUAGUGCCGAAACAACUGCGCUAGCCAACCAUGUAAAUUAUGGCAACUUCGAAGACGAAGUCGAAAGCGAAGCAUGUGAUGCUGCUGGUAAACAGACCCAAGACAAAGAUUUGGAGUCAAAUAUAGAUGCAUACGAAGACACUUAUCUCAACGACAGUGCUCCGAGCGAAUUUGAGAAACCACAGUUCUGUCCUGGUUGUAAAAAAAAAUUCGAUUUACAUAAAUUCGCUCGCGACUCG